AUGGUCUCUGCAAGGUCGUCGGUGAGACGCGGCAGCGAGAGUGCCGCAAGGCAGCCUGGCGCACUUGUUGAGGCGCUUGACCCCCUCAAUUCGCAACCCUUUCGUCCGUCGCUUGUGUUAACGUUCCGCGGUCACCGGAGUGGUGUGUUGGCCGCUGGGUUUCAACCCUCUGCUUCGUCGUUGCUAGAGCGACGUGGCGACGCGGCUGAUGCGGUGCCACCGUACGUCUUCUCUUCGGGCGCCGAUGGGCUUGUAUUUCUAUGGAGCGCCAGACCCACAGUUCGCGCCCUGCGGUUUAUCGGGCACCGUGGUCCUGUUUACGACUGUGCGUGGAGCCCGCACGCCCAUCUCAUCGCUAGCGCCGGCCAUGACGGGUUUGUCCGCUUGUGGCUACCGACCCUUAGGCGCAGUGGUGGAUUGACGGCGCCCUCGACAAACAAUAAUUGCCCUGAGAAUUAUUGCCAUUGGCGGGCGCACGGGGGACCAGUGCGGUCACUUGCUAUCGCCCCGCAUGAUGACCACCUCUACACGGCGGGCAACGACAAGUCAAUCAAGUGCUGGGACCUCAACUAUGCCUCCUCCGCGACAAGCGUCAAGGGGGGUGGUAACAAAUUUGUCUGCGGCUUCACAGGUGGGCACCAGAAUUGGGUGCGAACGGUUGCCGUCUCAGGCGGUGGUGCUUCCGACAGUGGGCUCCUACCCACACAUAUUUCACUCGUCGCAAGCGGAGGAGAUGAUCAGACAGUGCAAGUGUGGGACCCUCGCUCACGACGACCGACGCACACCUUUUAUGAGCAUACUGGAUCCGUGCGUUCGGUGGACUUUCACCCCGACAGCUGUUCGCUUGCGACGGGUUCUGCAGAUCACACCAUAAAUGUGUUUGAUCUUCGUAGAAACCGGCUGCUGCAGCAUUAUGACGCGCACGAUGGCGGAGUCAACGAGGUUCGCUUUGCACCCACCGGAAGCUGGCUACUCUCCGCCUCUGUCGACGGUGCAGUGAAGCUAUGGGACCUCAAGGAGGGGUACUUGUACUGUACACUAAAUGCACAUGAGGGAGCGGUAUCCACCGCCCGCUUUUCUGAUGAUGGAGCUUACUUUACAACGGCAGGACAAGACGGUAUUGUGAUGGUGUGGCGUUCAGGUUUGCCACGUGUGACACCACCGUAUGCAACCUAUCCGAAUACUCACCUGUAUGCGCCAAAUAAUGUGCAGCGACACCAAGAAGUAUCGCGGCGAUCUGUAAGAAAUGCAGCAGCAGAAGCAUCUACUCCUGCAGAGAUUAUUCCAGAAGCAACGCCAAGAGCAAUGCCAGGUCCUACUGGUCCCUGUUCUUCCAUAGAAACCUCAGAGAACCGUCCACAAGGGAGUCAAUCUAUAUUUAUGAAGCCGCGAACGACAGAAACGGUGUCAAAGUCACAAGGAAACUUGCCCACCUCCAUGGGUCAUUCGCAAUUCUCUUAUCCCUCCUCUUCACAGAAACCGCCACUGCCUCAGCCUUCGUCGCGUCCUGCAGCAACACCGGCAACUGCGGCAAUGGUCUCCGCUCAUUCUGAGAAGGGUGUCGAGACACAUGAGGGAGAGGUUGGGAAUGGGCGGCGUCCGCGCGCAUCAGCAGAUGGGCGCAAGGGUGAGAGUAGAAAAACUUUCGUGUUUGAACGCGAAGAGAACGAGUAUAGAUAUAAUAUUUUAAACCAGCCGCAGACUCCAAAUGAUGAGGAAGGGAAUGAAAAAGAAGGAUACAUAACGGGCCAUACAGCGGAAAAGGGGGGCUAUCAAAAGAUACAUGCCUCCGAAUUGGCAUUGGCAGAGUCUGUGCAGGGCCUGGGAUCUGGCGCGGUGAUGGGGACAAGUGAGAUGGACGAUGAAAUGAGCGUCGUGGAAUACGUUGGAAAGACAUGUGGCGAGGGCGAAGAGGAAAGUGGCUCUAAUGGAUCCGCGGCGCGUUGUUGUCGUGUGGGUUUGCCCAUGUCGCAUAGAAAGCAAGAAGAGGAGCGCAUAAAUGACCGUUUACGUCACCUUGAGGAGCUCUGCGCACAGUUGGCGACAGAAGUUCAACUGGCGCAUGAGCACAGCGUCGCUGUGACGCAGGAACUGCAGAAGCAGUGGGAUGCGCAGCAGCGGCAGCACCGGGAUCAGAUAGACCAACUGCGGCAGAUGAUGGAAGGCUUUGUAGCACAGCAAGGCGUCUUGCUGCAGGCACUUCGCAGGGAAUAA